UCUUCUUUAGUAUUUAACUUACGAUUCACUCUCCAGGCUUCUUCAGACUCUUUCCACAGAAAUUAAGAGAGACAGAGAAAGAAAAGAGGAAAACCGAUAUGGGAGACGAAGUGAUAUUGUUUGUGGAGGAUUCAAUCUUAUCUUUUUCAAUUGCAGAGUGUAGAAUUUGCCAUGACGAAGAAGUUGGGAGCUCUAAGCGAUUGGAAGCUCCUUGUGCUUGUUCCGGAACUGUAAAGUUUGCACAUAGAGAAUGCAUACAGAGAUGGUGCGACGAGAAGGGUGACACCACUUGUGAAAUCUGUCUCCAGAAGUUCGAACCUGGAUACACGGCACCGCCCAAAAAGGCUCAAACGACAGAUGUAGUUGUGACGAUCAGAGGGGGGAGCUUGGAGGUUCCACAUCCACUACGGAGACAAGAGCAGGAGCUUCAGAAUCCUGGAUUAAUGGCGAUCGUUGCCGCCGAACCAGAAUUCUCCGAGUGUUCUUCCGCCGCUGAGAGAAGCGCGUCUUGCCGUCGAUUUGUGGUCCUCACGUUUGGAAUACUUUUGCUUUUGAGACACUUCCUUGCAUUGCUUGCUGGUGAGACAGACCAUCAUGAAUUCCCAGUUCUAACACUACUUGUUCUAAGGGCUGGUGGUAUCAUUGUUCCUCUAUAUAUAGUGAUGAGAACAAUCACCGCGGUUCAAAGAAUGCAACGGCAGCGUCAGGAGUUUGAUGGCCAAUCACCCCUCCAAGUAGAUGAAGAUGAGGACAAUAUUGAAGAUGAACACUUGAACCAUACUGUCUAUACCCAAGUGCACACUUGAAUCCUGAUGUAUUAUGCCUAUGUUUCAUUUUAUUUUUUUGUAUCAUGAGCAUUAUUUU